CGGCUUCACGUCACGGGAGCCCAACGAUGGCUUCUUACCGCCGUCUCAACUCCCGUGAAAAUGUGGUACUGGGACAUUUCAAUGUAACGUUAUCUUACUGAGCGAUGUAAAAUUCAUACAUUUGGUUAAAGCAAUUACCAUAAACCACAGCGUCUUGCGAACUUAUAUCAUGAACACGAGCGGAGUUAUUGAUCUCUUAAUGUCGUUAGCGUAAAGUUUACUCAGCGUUAUCACAAAUGCAGCUAACGUUAGCUCCCGCUAGUUAACGUUAACUCACGUUAGCUUAACUUUAGAAGCAAAGUCUAGAAACGUGAUGCUUAUUUUGAGGAGCGUGGCCGUAACUUGGUCAACCUCAACGUGCUAGAUGACUCUAGUUCCCUCUCAGCUCAACCGACAUCUCUUCUCAAUUCCUGCCUGGAUAUUUACAAGCGCGCCGCAGCCACGAUGCCUGCUACUCUGGAUUGGGAUCGAGUGACGAGGAUUAAGCCGGCGAGCCUCCUCGAUUUUGACAAAUCCCAGUUGGAAGAGAUCGUCGCCAUGUUUGUUUUGGCAGAAGAAUGGGAGUUGAAGGAUCAAGCCCCAGAGAACAUUGUUCAAGUCCUCCGAUUGUUCCAGACCCUGUUGAAGAUCAAAGACAGAGAAGCUGCUUUUGGCUUCACAAUUCUUGAUCAGGCUGGAGAAAAACAUGGUAAAAUUGAAAAGGAACUCGUCGCCAAGGUGUCGAGGCUGGAACAAGAGCUCAAGUCCGGCAAAGGGCGGGACACCCGUUUUCUGAGAGAUGAGAUUCGGCAGCUCGAGGCCAAACUGGAGCAGGCGGAGAAGGAGCUGACCCAGUUACAGAAAGAAAUGGGCAAGGAAAAGCAAACCAAGGAGGAGUUGGUUGUGCGAGCAGAGGAGGCCGAGGAUGAAGCCAAGAAGCUGAAAAGAGAGAAUGAGCAGCUCCAGCAGGAUGUAGACUUCUAUCGCAGCGAGCUGGACCAGAAGGAGCCGCUCGCCUCCACCGACCAGAACGCAGAGACCCAGAGGAAGCUCAACUCGGCCAACCGACAGCUCUACCAGUGCCUGGAGGACCUUCAGAGAGCCGAGGACGAAAACGCGCACCUGAAGACACAGAGCGAGCAGAUGCAGAAAAGUCUGGAGGAGUCGGUGAGGGAGAUGGAGAAGAUGACGGACGAGUACAACAAGAUGAAGAUCGUCGUUCAGCAGACGGACUCCAUUAUGGACCAGCUCAGGAAGGAGAGGGACCACACAAAGCUGCAAGUCAGAGAGCUUACGGAUAAGAUUCAUAACAGGACUGAAGAGGAUGACACAAUCAUGGCAGCAGUCAACGCCAAAGUGGAGGAGUGGAAGAGAGCGCUCUCCGGGAAGGACGAUGAAAUUCUGGUGUACCAGCAGAUGAUCCGCGAGCAGAGGGACAAGCUGCGCUCAGCCCAGCUGGACCUCGACAAAAGCAACAUGGUGGCCCUGCAGCAGGUCAUAUUUGAGCUCUGCAGUGCCGUCCAAGAGCGAGAUAAUCAAAUCAAGAUCCUGAGUGAGCAGGUGGAGCAGUACACUGGGGAGAUGGAGAAGCACACGAUGCUCAUUGACGAGCUAAAGACGUCCACCAGGAAAGACAGAGGCCUUCCAUCGUCCGUACAGCAGAGAAAGACGGAGGAGCUGAAGUCCAAGCUGGAGGCUGCGGAGACGAGAGCCGCGGAAGCAGCGCGGGCGGCGAGGCUCGCCGAGGCUCACGCCGAAGAGAAGGACAAAGCACUCAUUGAGGCCUCAAACCGCUUGAGCCAGUACGAGUCUGGCACUUAUGGCCUGGAAGCAGCCAUCGCCGAGAUCAAAGACAGUAAAAAUCAAAUUAAAGUCAGAGAUCUUGAGGUGGAGGCCUUGACCAAAGAGAUCAACCAGCUCGAGAUGAGAGUCAAUGACCUCAUGGACCAAAACGAGGAUUUACGAGAAAAACUAGGUCUGGAACCGACAACGGCAGUCGACCUCACGGAGUUCAGGCGAGCAAAAGAACUCCGACAGCGGCAGUACAAAGCGGAAAACCAAGUCCUCACCAAAGAGAACGAAAGACUUGAAGAAGAGAGACUGGAGCUGAAGAAGCAAGUCAGGCGCAUGGUGAAGGAAGGAGGGAUGCCGCAGUCCAGCCUGCUGCUGGAGGAGGACCUCGGGCCCGACAGGAAACCAAGCAGCACCCGCGCGGACGAAGAGGUCCGACGCAAGAACGAGCACCUAGAACAGGUAGUGGAGGAACUGACAAAGGUGAAGAGCGACCUGGAGGGCGCGCUGAAAGAAGUCUUCCACGCCACCAGGGUUAAUCGAGACACCACUCCGGCUGCCAUCAAUACUCCCCGACUGGAAAAGUUGGUCAAUGCGGUGGAAGCCGGGAGCGUGAGCGGGCAGUCCGCGGCGGGCCCGGACCUCCAGUCCCAAAUCCACCAGCUGGUGGGCAGAAACCAGGAGCUGAGGCAGGAGCUGAAAUCCGCCCGCCUGGAAGCAACCGCCAGUUUCACUCAGCUUGCCGCGGCCAAAGAAAAGGUGAGCCAGCUGGAAGGUGAAUUGGAGGCGUUAAGGAGGUCGGGCCACCAGGGCGGUGUCUUCCGACCUCUGACCCUCCCCGUGGGCUUAGAGCCCAGCAGCACUGAGGUCAUCAGCUCUCUAAAUGAGUAUGCCAUCCGACUUCUUCAGGAGCUUAAAAACGAGGAGGAGAAAAGCACGAAACUGGCAGGAACACUGGAGGAAUACAAGGAGAAGUUCUCUGUCAUCAGCCACCAACAAGGACUCCUGUAUAAAGAAUACCUACGCGAGAAGUCGGAGUGGCAAAAGGAGAAGGAGACAUUUACAGAGUUGAAAAACAAGCUGGAGGAGCAAAAGCAGGUGGACGCUGUUAAAAUCCACGAAUUUAACGAGCUGCUGGACAGCCUCCAGAAGCACCCGGAGGAGGUCAGGAGAUCGCUGAGCGAAGCGCUGCGCAGGGCGACGCUGCUGAAGGUCAACGAGACGAAACUGACGCGACGCUACGUCACCCUGCUGGAGCAAGAACAGCACCUCCGCAGGGAGAACGCCAAGCUGAGGGACGACAGCAGCCGCAUGCAGGCGUCUGUCACCCAGAGGAUCGGCUACCUGCAGAGAUACAAGGAAAUGUCGGCGUACAAGAUGGCAGCGCUGCAGAAGGCCUUGGAUGAAAGCGUGCCCUCAUCAGACCUGGAGAGGGCCAACAAACAGUACACCGAGCUGACGGUGAAAUACAGAGACAUGCUACAGAGGGACAGCCGCCUGAUACAGCGGACCACCGACCUCCAACAUCUGGAGAGUGAGAAUGAGUCUUUCCGGGAGCAGAUGUCAGCCACGAAUAAGGAACUGGAGAUCGCCAAGGAGAAACUGUACACCUUAGAGCAAGCUUGGAACAACAUCAAUGCGAUUGUAGGUGAGAGUAACAUGGACAAGGCGGACAAGGCGUCGGCCAACCAGGAGAUGGUGUCUGCUGCCAGGCGCAUCACCACCCUGGAGAUGAAGGAGCUGAAUGAGAGGCAGCGAGCGGAGCACGCCCACAAAAUGUACGAGCACUUGAGGAACUCCCUCAGGCAGGUGGAAGAACGCAACACAGAGCUGGAGUCCAAGUUUGCAGAGCUGACCCAGAUGAACGCGGAGGCCCAGCGGGUGGAGCGCGGGCUGAGAGACGAGCUGGCAGACGGCGUCAGCAAGGCGCUGAGCGACGCCGACCGAGCCCGCAUCGCGGAGCUGGAGGAGGCCGAGGCGGGACUCCGCGCUGAGGUUUCUAAGCUCCAAGAGGUAUCUGAGGUGGCCAUGAUGCAGGCGUCUGCUCUACAGAGCAGACAACAGUCCAACGAGAAGGAGGUGGACGCUUUGAGGAGACAAAUACUGGACUACCAGUCCCAGUCCGAUGAGAAGGCCCUCAUUGCAAAGCUCCACCAGCACGUUGUGGCUCUGCAGCUCAGCGAGGCGGCCCAGUCGGCCCGGCUGGAGGCGGCCGGCGCGCAGGUCAAGCAGCUGGAGGCCCUGCGGCUGCGUGCCGAGCAGCGGCUGGACGCCGGCGAGCGCGCUCUGUUCCUCGCCCGCCAGGAGGACCGAAACCGCUCCAAGCACCUGCGGCAGACCAUCCAGUCGCUGCGAAGGCAGUUUGCCGGAGCCGUGCCGCUUCGCCAGCAGGAGAAGUUCUCCGUGGCCAUGGUGGACCUCCAGGAGAACCGAGCCCAAGCCCUGGAGGACAAGAGGAAGGCUGUGGAGGAGAGGAGGAGGGCCGAGGGCAGGGCACAAGAACUGGAACUGAGACUCCGAGGCCUGGAGGAGCUCAUCUCAACGCUGAAGGACGUGAAAGGGGCCCAGAAGGUGACCGAGUGGCACAAGAAGAUGGAAGAAGCUCGUCUGCAGGAGCUGAGGAAAGGCAGGGAGCUGGUGGUCCAGAAGGAGGAGAUCAGGUACCUAAAGAACCUGGUGGAGGAGCAGGAGCGAACCAUCUCCUCGCUGGAAGAGGACAUUGUGCAGCAAAACACGCUUCUGGAAGAGCGGCAGCUGGCGUAUGAUCAGCGAGAAGUGGAGCUGGAGCGUCAACUGGAGCAGUACGAGAAGCACCAAAGUGAAAUAGUGAGCGGGUCGGAAAAGUAUGAAGACGGUACGGCAUCCCAUCCCGACCCGAGCCUCCCUCUAGCUCACCAGUUACAGUUUGCCUUGGGCAAAAUCAGAGAGCACGUGCGCACCAUCUUGGACACGCAGGCCACCUGCAAAAGUAUGGAUGAGAAGCUGAAAGAGAAAGAAGCCGCUCUGCGUAAGGCCGAGCAGAACAUCGUCUCCAGGGAUAAAGUCAUCAACGAGCUGCGCCUGCGGCUCCCGGCGAGCUCCGCCGGCAGAGAGCGCCUGCAAGAGGAGCUCGGCGAGCGCCAGGAGGGCCGAUCGGACAGCCGGCCGGCCGUCAAGCUCGCUCAGCAGACCAUCAGAGACCUGCAGGCCCGGCUCAGCAAAAAAGAGGACGCGAUAAAGAAAUACCACAACCAGCUGGCAGGAGCCAGACAGCAUCAGGAGGAGAUGAUAAAGAGACACCAGGAGGAGCUGAGAACGUUGCACCACAGGUUGGACCAGCAGACGGACACCUCGCUGGACCACUUCAAACAGACCGCCAUGGAGUUGAUGAAGAAGCCCACCAUCAGGGUGCCGACCACCAAGCAUCUGGAGCGUCUGGCUGAGCUGGAGCAGACGGUGGCUGAGCAGGACGCGUCGCUCUCCUCCACCACGGAGAAGCUGAAGCUGGCCACCGGCGAGCUGGAGCGUCAGAGGGUCGCCAUGGAAACCCUGGCUAAGAGACACGCUGGCGACAUGUCAAAGCUGGAGGAGCAGCACGCGGCCCGGGUAAAAGCUCUGGCUGCUCAGACCGAGGACCAGGCGAGCCAGGUGGCCCACGCGGAGAAGGAGGUGAACCACCUGCGCACGGAGCUGGCGGCCCAGAAGGAGGCCAACGUCCGCUCCCCGAGCAACACCAUGAGGAACCUGGUGGAGCGGCUGAAAGCUCAGCUCAGCCAGAAGGAGAAGCAGCUCAAGGCUCUCAGUAAGGCUCUGCUGCAGCUGAGGGCCGAGAUGACGGCGGCCGCGGAGCAGCAGGUCGUAGCCGGCGCCGCGCAGAGGGAGGAGAGCCUCAAUGUGCAGAUGCUGGUUGACAGACACACCAAAGAGCUAAAGGUGCAAGUGCAAGAAGUUAAUGAGGAACUUCAAGCUGCAAAGGACGUCGCCAAAGCAGCCAAAUGCCGGGAGAAAAGCCUGAAAGAGGAGGUGGACGGCCUGAAACAGGACCUCCAGAGGAGUCUGAAAACCCAGAGGCGCCUGCAGGCGGAGAAGGAGGAGAAGGAGCAGGAGGUGCAGGAGCUCAAGCAGCAAGUGAAGAGGCUCAGCAGCGCCCUUCAGAAUCCGCCAGAACCCGACGGGAAGGGGUCAACCAUCGAGAAUCUGCAGAAGAAGGUCAGGCGCCUGGAGGCUGACUUGGAGAAAAGAGGAGAAAUGCCGCACGUUAAGGACGAUCAGGAAAAGUCCAAAGGUCAAAUGCUGCGUUGGGAGGAGGGGAAGAAAUGGCAGGCCAAGAUGGAGAAGAUGAGAACUUCACUGAAGGAGAAGGAACGAGAGAAUGAGUCCGUGUCCAAACAGCUGGGCACUCUGAAAGAGCUCUACGCCAGACUGGAACAGGAGAAGAGUUCCCUGCAGAAGAAGCUGAGGAGUCGAGGCGUGACCGCCGACCAGGUGGUGGGAGCUCGAUCCGCCGAGAUGGAGAAGGAGAUGGAAGAGCUGAGGAGGAAGAACUCUGACCUGGAGACGCAGAUCCUCACCAUAAAGGAGCAGCAGGCGUUACCCCGUGACGACGCCAUGGAGAAUCUGACCCUGAGGAACCGCUACUUGGAAGAGAGACUUCACUCCGUAGAGAUGCAGACACCCAGAGAGGCCCCAUCGAGACCCUCUACUUCAGGACGCGGCACCGGCACCCCCUCACAGAGAGAUCAGGACCUGCUGAAGGAAAACCUCAAACUGGCCUCGGAGAACCUGGAGCUUCGCUUCCAGCUGGAGCAGACGGACAAAGACUUACCCAGACUGAAGAAUGAAGUAGAACACCUGAAGGAGAUGUGCAGCGCGCUGAAGAAGGACAAAGCCGACGUGGAGAAAAGGCUGUCUCAUAAAAGCGGCGCCGGUCCCAGCGGGAAAACGGUACCAGAACUGGAGAAGACGGUGGGGUUGAUGAAGAAGGUGGUCGAGAGGGUGCAGAGGGAGAACGACACACUGAGGAAGUCUGGCGCUGCUGCAAAUCAAGACAAGGUCUCCGCCUUGGAGCGGGAACGGGAAAAGCUGAAGGCCGAUUACGAGAAGCUGAAGAGUCAAAGUGAAGCUGAGCUGAGCUCCAAACUUGAAUCUCAGACCAAAGGACUGGAGAAGAUAGUGAUGGAGAACGAGCGUCUGCGCCGGGACAUCAAAAGGGAAAUGGAAGCGGCCCAGAGGCUGCGAGAGACCAAAGCCAGUCUGGAGGCGACCAACGAGAAGCUGGAGGGCGAGCUGCAGGAGGCCCAGCAGAGGCUGCAGGCGGCUCUCUCCGGAGCCAUCGCGCAGGGGACCAGCAGCAAGGCCUCCGUGGUGACCAGGAUGUUCGACCACAAGAUGAAGGAGCUGGAGAAGGAGCUGUCCCAGAAGACCAGGAGUCUGUGUGAACACAAGCUGCAGCUGAAGGAGAUGAAGCAGAGCCAGGAGAGGGCACAGAUAACCAUCGGGGAGCUGCAGGGUCAGGUGGACACGUUGAGGGGUUUUCCCCCCAGCGCACAGGCCGGGGGGGGCGUCACCAAGGAGCUGCAGGCCGGGAGGUGGAUGACCUCUGACCUGGAGGAGGAGAACGCUGAGCUGAAACGAAGGCUGGACGAGUGCAGCGAGGACACGUCCUCGACCCCAGACCACGCCAAGCUCAGACGCGCUCUGCACGCCGCCGAAGCCGAGAAGACCAAACUCCAAGGCGAGGUGAGAAAGCUGAAGAAGGAACUGGAGAACUUUGACCCGACGUUUUUCGAAGAGAUCGAAGACCUGAAGUAUAACUACAACUCUGAGGUGAAGAAGAACAUCCUGCUGGAGGAGCGGCUGAAGAAGGUGUGCGACCAGUUCGGCGUACAAGCAGAGCUACCCGACGUGUCCGUGGGUUAAACCCCCCCCCCAUGAAGAAUGUCUCCUCUUCAGGACCACGGUGAA